CGCUUUCUUUAUGCGAGACCUUUAUUCAGUAAGCACUUGUCUUUGUAGAUAAGUCACUUGUGUUGCUUUGCCGAGUUGGGGCUAAACCAUGGGAGUCUCAUUUGUUUAUACAAAACCACAAUUCAAAAUAUUUUUAGAUUUAACAUUCCGGUCUCUAUCGUCCAUUAACUUCUAUUUCUUUUUUUUUAAGCGAUGUAUCAGCUUUUGGGGCUCCCUUGUAUCAGCUUACUCUGCUCACUGUUGACUGAAAGUAGUACUGGUUCUCCAAAUGACCGCAGAGAAGUUGUAAUCUCCUCUUGAAGCACUGCACUUGGAUGCCAACUUCAACGAUUUAAUCUGAAACAAAAUGCUAAACCUCUGCUUUAACUUUGUCAAAAAAUACAAUUUAAAUGCAUGAUCACUUUUUAGCUUUUACAUACAUUUAUUUGCUGGCAGGUGCCUAAGUGAGAAUGCUUCAAGUUUUUGGAGAAGAAAGUACACGGUUUGGAAAUUUUACUUGGGAAUGCCAACCUUGUGAAGGCAGACAGAAAAAAGUAAAAUGUGUGGAUAAAACAAUAGCCAUUUAAACUGUAGGUCUGCCUCUUUAAAUGACAGUGUCUGCUUCUGAUUUGAGAAGUUAAAAGUAGAGAAGUUUCUAUGUCCUGUCCGCUCUGUGUCACUUCUACAAACCAAACCAACGUUGUCUUGCCUGGUCACCCAGUGUGAAUUGGAAAGCUUGUCACAGGACUGGGAUGUUGGAGGAGGAAGAGUGGUUAAGGAGAGCCGGGUGAGGUGGCUCAUUCAAGUAUACAUUAAUUUUGCUUCGCUGUUAAAGAGCUAUCAGCCCAUCCUCAGGCAGCCUGAGGGUUUCAUUCUCCCUGCAUCUUUGGCUGUCAUUUAUAUCCUUGUACAAUUAAGAUAAAGGGUUCCUCUCUGGCUGGUUAAUGCUUUGUAUCAGUGUGGCAGGAAUUUGAAGUGUCAUCCUUCAUAUGACACUGAAUAUAAACGGCAGAGGAUCAGAUUUAUAGCAGCUGGCUCUAAGCAUGGCAGUGCCAGAGCUGCUCAUCCUCCCUCCUGCACAGUUCCGAAUGGAGCCAGUGGCCGCUUAACUUUCCGCUUCCCCCUCAGCCUGUUGCAAAGUGCUGCUGCAAGCUGUUAUAAGUUCAUAUACAACUGAAUAGGUAACGGGUUUGUUUUCUGUUCAUUAGGUGCCUCCAGGAAUGAACAUCGUGUCGGUGAAGAAUUAGGCUUGAGAUUUCCUGGAGAAGCCCAACCAAGAGCUGAGAGCAGCCCAGUGCCCAGCAAAGUGCUUUCCGUUACAGAAGAUAACUCAGAUGAGGUGACCUUUGAUUUUCAGAGUCCUGCAGUUGAUCCUACUAAUGAAACGACAGCUGACUUCAUUCCUCUCCACACAGAGGCCGCUGCAAAAAGAACAGCCGUGCUGCCUAAGGAGAUGGUUAGAGACUUGGAGGUGCCUGAGCAACCACACUCAGAAGCAGCAGCUCUGAAACUCCAGGAUGGACACACAUUUCCUAGCAAGCUCUUGAGUAGCAUAAGCAUCCCUGUCUCCACACAAGGAUCACAGGUUGCCACACGUCUGGAGCAACCAGACAGGUCACUACAAGGAAAAGGGGAAAAUAUUACUGAGGCUGGUUUCAGUCCUACCAGCACUAGUGCUGGGCUGCCUCAGCCCAUAUUCGGUGGAGGGACUCAUCAAGACACUCCCAGGUUUACAGCUGUCUCUUCCAUUCCUGGUAUCAAGCAGACAGAGGUGCCAAGUCCUAAAACAUCUCUUUUGGCUUCAACAGUAAAUUUUCAUCUUCCAAGAAAAGAAAUAGCAUCUGCAUUUCCCACCAGAGUCAAGAUUGCUCUUGAAAGUGCAAGGGUGGACUGGUUACCGACAGGACUGCCUGCCACCAGCAAAAGGCCAAAAGACACAAAUGUACAAGUCCAGCCUGACAGCAAAGCUGGCGUGACACCUGCAUACCUGAAGAAGACUCAGAGUAUGGAUGCUAAAGUUACAACUUCUGUGUUCCUACAAAAGCCAACUUCAGGGGACCUCAGUGCAGUCUAUUCCAGAAUGACGCAGACAAGUGCUAUUCCAUUCUCCCCUAUUUUAUCUCUGCAGCAAGAAACAACAGGCAGUAAAGCCAGAAACUCAACAGCAGCUGUAAUAUAUGGUUCCAGACAUCCAACCCAGUUGCCUGCUCUUCAUACACUCCCACAAGGCAAUGUGCAUCCUUCUUCAUUAUUGAUGCACCAGGAAGCUCUAGUUCAUGAUGACUCACUUCCUCCAUUUCGAGGGCCCAUUAGCACAACCGAUAGACAACAGCCCUUUUCUUUGCCCCGGACUCUCAACUGUACUAAACAUGUUUCCCAGGAAAACAACAGGAGCUCUCACGAAAUUGCAGUUCUAGUUUUGCAAAGACAUACUGAUCGUCAGAUAAUGACAAGUAAACCUGAAAAAUCCAGAUCCCCCGAGAGCCCACAGGCUCCUGCUAAUUUGCCCUCAUUAGGCCAGUUAUGGAUUUCCACAUUAAAACUUUCCCAAACGGCUAAAGAGCUAAAAGGAGCAACAUCUGCACCCUUUCCGGGUACGUCUACCAUUGAGAACGCAGCCCUUCAGCCUGUAAGCACUCCUGAGACUGUUCAUGCAGGGCUUCAGCCACCAGGUACAUCUUUUCCUACUUAUGUUGGAUUGCAGCUAAUGGGCAUCUCCACCUCUGCUGAGAAAGGACUUCACACAACUUCAUCCACCUCUACUAGUUCUGGAUCUCGGGUUCAAGGCAUUUCUGCCCAUCCUGUAUCUCGGGAAGCCUUCCCUACGAUGCUGCAGAGGAGCACAAUGGAAGACUCCAAGAGAAAGGAAGUUCUCCCACAACAGAUAAGCAAAACAGGGUCUUCCCCCCUGACUCCCCAAGCCAGCACAGUCUCCAGCCCCUCUGGACUGCAUGACAACAGGAACCAGAAAGUUCCUUUUUACAGCCUUGCCCCUUCAGCCUCCCAGAUCCAGCAAGCUGGCAGCCUGGCAGCUUCUGCUUCAAAACUGCCCUCACUCCAUGCCCAGGGAAGCCCGUCCAGCUCGGUAACACCAUAUCCUGAACUAGCGGUGCCCAGUGCUGCGGCUGAGCUCCCAGCAUAUCUGGCACAAGCAGUGGUGCAGCAGUUUGGUAUGACACAUGAUGCAGCUACCAAAAACCUCAGUGCUUUUAGAGGUGAUCAAUUUACAAUGCUACCUUUGUCACCAUACUUGUCUUUUCUGCUUAAAAGUACUAAUGGCAUGAUAUGCCUGCAGCCCAUGCAAGAUUCCUCUCUACCUAAAAAACUCCCAAAUACCAGUGUUGGGGGUCUGGUUUCCAUUCAGCAGAUCCUGGCAGUGUCAAAUUCUUCAGUGCUGGACCUUGCAAACUUAGAAAAUCUGAGUCCUUCUAGCAUAAUUCUGGUUAAGCCUGUAUUUAUCCUUUUGCCCAGUGACAGACCAGACUUACAGAUGGUGCCCUCUCCUGAGAGUGAAGAUGACAACAAAACUGCCCUCUCGUUCACAAGCAAGCGAGAUCUGAAUUUGGGUACCCCUGAAAGCAGUCGUGAUAUCCCAAUGAAAACUAGUUCCUCUUAUCCCGUGAGCAAGUUUUUGAGGCCUGAAACUACUCUUCCUACUACAUAUAACCAACAAGCAGAGAAAACAAAAGUAACUUCUCAGCCAGUGCUAACUAAUCCUAAUCAUACAGCCAUCACUAGUUUGUUUCAAACUGUUACCUCAGUACCGAAUCGUUUGCUGGAGCCGCGGGUGAGGAUUAGCACUGCGGCGCAGGCUCUGCAUCUGCACAGGCUGCCUGAAGAGAUGCAGGUACCUGCUCCCAGUCCCCAAGAUGCCGAGGGGAGUGAUUUGCUUUUACGUAACAAUACGUUAGCGGAGCCUUUCACCUCUACUGUGCCACCAUUAGUGAUGUCUGCACAGCAGAGCCCCCAUGUUGCCCCCAAAGCGUUGUUCACCACUGAAAAGCCACGUUCUUCUGUGUUUCCUGUACUGUCAGCAAAGGGAUUCCUGGAUUUUCAAACGCCUGCCCAACCUCUGUUUACUGUCACAGGGACUGUAGAUCAGGUUCAGCACGGUAAGAAACUAACGCUGCGAGCUACCAGCCAUCACCAAGGCUUAGUGGCCACACCUUCCUCUGUCCGUGCACAGUGCGCAGACUGUUUGACCUUGCACUCGGCUAGAACCAUAAAAUACCCAUUAAGGAUGUUUACAAGCAUCGUGCCAUUGCAGUCCACAUCACAACAUCUCUUAAGUACCGAGUCAUUUCAAAAGCUGCCAUCAAGAGUUCAGUUUGUACCCAGUGCAUCGUCAGCCUUCUCAACACGUCCAGCUGGAAGUGAUUACAAAGAUUCAGCAGGGGCCAGCACGGCCUGUUCAGGAGGAGGCGCUCUGUGUGCUAAAGCAACACGAACCCACACCACCUCUGUAAAACAUGAUCUUACUAAACAUUUGGAAUUUACUCCCAUUGUGCCUAAGCCCUUUGUAAUGACAGAAAUACUGACAACAGCACCAGCACGUACUCCAUUUUCAGCAAAGGUCCAAAUGAAAACAACAGAUUCUGUGAAACUUCUGGCUACAAUUACCCAUCCAAGGAUGUAUACCAGCUCUCCUGCGAGCCCACCUUCACCUGCAUCUACACAUGUUCCCCUGCUGUCAGCCAUGAAAUGGGACCAAAUCCAUCAAGCCCCAAGUAAACUGUUCUCACAGGCCAACUUGAGAGAAAAUGCAAAGCCAACUGAAAUCAGCACAAGUGCAAGAAAAAUAGGAACUAGUAAAUUCUUGGGAACAGGCAUGUCUCUGUCAGCUGUGUUUAACACAAGGACGAAGCAAACCCCCACAGGGCAUAAGGUUUUAACCCCAGUACGGCCAUCUGUGUCUGCAGGAUCUCUUGUUGCUCUUGAGAGAGAGCCUAAAUUGACACAGAGCAUAUCACAUUCUCCAUUAGCAGUGACUUCUCUUUCUGCAGCUAAGAAUGAUUAUAUCACUGCUUCACUUACAAACAAAAAAGUGUUUCACCUGCCAACACCAACUAUUCAAUCUGAUCCAAACUUGGCGCUGCCUACAGUUGCCGGAGUCAACAAGUCAACCGUGGUCUCUACACCAGUGGGGAAGAGUGAGGACCUGUUAGAGAAAGGAGAUGCAGCCACCACUAGCCAGCUGUCUACUCGGGCACCAGCAUCUUCACCACAUCAGGCAUCAGCGAGACGUCCUUUGGAGAAGGUGUCACUGGAAGAUAACAUUGAACGUGAGACCGGUCAUUCCAGCCCUGACACUGUCAUGCAUGCCAGUGAGCCCUCGACAAUAAAAGCAUUUUCUAUCUCUGCUAAUAGGCUUGUAAAUAAGGUUACUAAUCAGUUAGCUGUCUUCAAUAAAGUAGCUGCCAAUGAUGCUGAGAUGCUUCUAGCCGGAGAUCUAAUCCAGUUCCUUCCAACCCCAGAGGUCCCCUCAUAUUCGUCCCAGAGUCUGGUAGCACUUACACCACAGGGGGAUUCCUUGCUGGGUGUUGCAAACACUGGGCAGUCUGAGAGGCUGCUCUUGAACACAGAGGCAGAGGAGAUGCUUAGAACAAACGAGGUAACAGAAGAAGCGGCUGAAGGCUUGGUAACUGUUCUAACCCUGCUGGAUUCGGAGCCUAGUGCGCUGCUGAGUGAAUCACAUCAGAGGAGGGUUUUGCAGUCAGAUGCUGCCAUUCUGAAUGGCCUUGCAGUUGUGAGUGAUGACGUCUGUGGCUCCGGUAACUACACUGUGCAGAUGAGCUUGCGCCCUGUUGCAGAAGCAAGCCCUGAGGUCGAAGGGUUGGCACCUUCCCAAGACACUUUCCUGGCUUUAGUCGCUGUGCAGAGUAACAGCAGCCAGCCCGUACUCCAGAUCCGGUCGUGCUGCGUGACACCCUCUGCCAGCCCGGGGGCACCGGGCGCGAUGUGCUGCCUGUUCCACAGGUUGCCAUUUGAAUGCAGACACAUCCAAUUACUGCAGAGCAGUAACUCUAGAGCUGCUAGCUUCACCAUCCAGCUGUUCCAGAUGCUGAAUCACUCGGUGGCCUAUUUGCACUGUGAGCUUAAUGUCUGUCUGCAUGGCCAAACAGGAUGUGAACAGGACUGCUUUGAAAGUGUGGAGCCACUUAUCCAGCCAAGUGACAGGAACACCUAUGGAAACCUGCACAACCUGAUCUCGUUUGGUCCAGUUUUGAGAAUGAAGAACAGGUUUCUAUAUAAACCUGUGGAAGGUGAAAUACAGCAGCUGGUUAAUGUUAAUUAGAUGUUGUCCAGCUAUUAGAAAGGAAUGACGCUGAACGUGGUACAUCAUGAGCAUGAGAGACUUCUUAAAUCCACUGGCACCAUCCCUGAGAGUCACCUAACUUCUUAUGUCUUUACUUGUUUAUGCAAAGAAUAUUUACUGCUGGGAUCUUAUGGCAAAGAAGGUCCUGAUUCUGCCAUGCUGGUACCCAUUUUGCUGGGAUCUCUUACUGGCUUUGCUGUCCUGGGCAGUGCUUUCAUAAGCCUUUGGCUGCACCACAGGCAGAAAACCAAAAACAUAGGCUGUCCACAACUCGGAGAAAUCCAUGGCCUGUGAACUACAAGCAACUGACUGGUCCUGCAGAUCCCAUGCCACUGCUGCUACAACGAUCAGAAAAGCAAUUGAUUUUGCUUUGCACACUAUUGUUUUGUAGAGCUUCUGCCGACCCAGGGAGCAAGACAUCCAAUCUCCGCUUUAAGCUUGUCUCUCCUUCCUUUCUUUUGUUCUGCCUGAGCGAGUCCACAAACUGCGGAGUAGAGAAAGAAUUGUAGUAGUGGUCCAGCUGUAAGGGAGAGCAGAGCUUAAAAUGCAGCGUGUGCAAGCACCAGCACACUGUUCACAGAAAUGGGACAGCAGACGGAAAUCAGCGUGCAGAAGAACCAUGUAAAAUAGAGCAGUGUAGGCUAGAGCCAUGCCAUCAAGGAGAAUAGGUUGUUAGGAAAACUGACGAAACCCAAGUUUAUUGAUUGGAAUGUGGACAGGACCCAAAAGCUCCAGAGAUCCAGCCUCUCAGCUUUACAGCUUUUCUCAGCUGAAGGAGCUGAGUCCCUUUAUCCUCACGUUACUAUUUUCUCUUUGUCAGUGGAAGCAAGUUUCCACUAACUGUUGGUAAAAUCCACGUAGUGGGAGAAAGUUAGGAAUGCAAAAGCAUUGUCCAUAAGGCUAAAUUUGAGAGCGCAUAAAAAUAACUCACCAUAUUUAACUUACAGGUCCAGUUUCUUUACUGUUGAUGCCAGAACACAAGCAGGAAAGGGGCCACAGCCAGAGCCCCUCGUGUCAAAGGCAACAGGGAAGGAGCCUGCACUUCCUCCUGGAUCGAUCUGCCUCCAAGAAUUUCUUCAGAUCUGAUACAUAGCUAAAAAUCCCAGGUCAAGCCUCAACAACAAAUACCCUUCAGAAAUACUAAUUAUUUUCUGUAUUGCAGUGGUGCUGAGGAAACCAGCACCACGUUGUGGCUGACAUUGACUUACCUACAGCGAUGGUCCCUGUGCUAAGCCCUUAAAGACGUACGUGCACGAGACCCAGACGAGUGUCGUUAAACCCUUCUUACAGCUGGGGAGUCAAGGCACAAAGCAAAUAAAAGUGUGUGGGCAUCAAUACUCUGAUGCAGCCAGGAGGGAAUUCGGCUUUCCUGUGCCCUGACCUGCUCUUUAACCAAAGGACUGUUCUCUUUCCUGAAAUAAGUUUGUAAACAGCGUCUCGGAGACUGACAGGACAGGUUCUGUAUGGAAUAGCAGCGAAAGGAAUAACAACGUAAAAAGCCGUGCUGCUUUUGGCACUGCAGUGCACCUGAAAUGCAGCCACAUGGGAAGCAGCUUCCUAGAACCACAAACAGAAGCGCUUUGUGGCUCUGAAGGAGCCUGGCACGGUGGCCAGGUACAGUGUGGGCAGAGCGGGGCCGCAGCUGGGCCACCGCAGCUGGCACGAUGGGGGCCAUGGCUGCGGGGGGAGUGGGGGUCGGCCGCCGCCUUGGCAAUGAGAGUUGGCAACUGUCCUCGGGGGCAGGUCAGGAGCAGGACCAACAGCCUUUGUGGGGACAGUAGUCAGGCACCUCAGGGAAGGGGUGUUGAGCAUCUGUCCCGCAGUGGGGCGACACACUCAGGCGUCUCAGGGUGAGGGGGUUCAGGGUCAUCAGGGCAGGGGUGAUCAGCAAGCACCCCAGAGAGGGGCCAGCAGCAGCAUUUUGCCACGUUUUUGGGGUGAAUAAACCAGAUAGACUGCUGUGCUGGCUGCUGCGGUAUGGCUGCCUUCCACUUUGCAGAUGGUUUGUUGGCGCUGUAAAGCUUUUGAAUGUCCCAGCAGAAUUUUCGUCGCCGUCUGGCAUGCUUUCCAGCUCUGCAGCGGCUGGGGUGGGACACGCCAGCCAAGGAGCCAGCAGCACAGCUGGUGGCACACGGCUGGCUGUGGCAGCCAGAGCCAGGUUUGUCUGGGCGAUGUUCGGUCCGUCAGCGCAGGGGCUCUCGGGGCUGUCAGUGCCCCGGCUACGGGCAGCGUGUGGCUUUUCAAGUGUUUCUCUGACCACCUUCCUAUGUGCGUGAUGUCAGCUUUCGGGUUCCUGAUGAGGAACGAAUUGAUGAACUUGCUUUUCACACCAUUGCCAGGCAUGUGCCAGGGGAAAGGAUCCAUCCAGUUAAUCGACUGCUUCCAGCAGUCAGAGACCGGAGGGUAGAGCCUCUGCUGCAGGCUGACCUGUCGGUCCUGUGACAAGGCCCUGAGCCGUCAGGAGGUGGCAGAGGUGCAGCUGCUUUUUCGGAAGGAAAUAAACCGAUGCUUGCGCGUAACUCUUC